AUGAAGCAAGAAAUGGCGAACGAGAUUGUGUUCUUUGAUUUGGAAACAAACGUGCCAAGAAAAGCUGGCCAAAAAUUCUGGGUGUUGGAGUUUGGAGCGAUGGUGGUUUGCCCACGAAAGCUAGUCGAGCUCGAGAGUUAUUGCACGUUGAUUCGACCCGGGGACUUGACUGCGGUCGGGGUGAAAUCGGGGAGGGUUCAUGGGAUCACACGAGGAGCGGUCUUGGAAGCUCCCUCUUUCGAAGAAGUUGCUGAUAAGAUAUUCGGGAUUUUGAACGGUCGGAUUUGGGCUGGGCAUAAUAUUCGACGAUUCGAUUGUGUUAGGAUUCGAGAAGCGUUUAAGGAGAUCGAUCGGCCAGCACCGGAGCCCGUCGGGUUGAUUGAUUCUUUAGGGGUUUUGACGGAGAAAUUUGGAAGACGAGCUGGUAAUAUGAAGAUGGCUUCGUUGGCUACUUAUUUUGGGCUCGGUGAACAAAAACACAGGAGUCUUGACGAUGUUCGAAUGAAUCUUGAAGUUCUCAAGCAUUGUGCGACCGUGUUGUUCCUGGAAUCAUCCCUCCCGAACGUCCUCGAGGAUCAAUGGCAACACGACUUAUCUCCGAGCAUCACGACCCGGAGUAAAAGCAAUAUGUCGGAAUCGAGCUCAAUGAACAGACAAUGGCAUCAAAAGGCAACGCCAAUGAUGACGACAAGGAGCAAGAGCAAACCCUACGGUGAAGAAAUUAGCCGCAAAUCGCCUUCUUCGGUUCUCACUCAUCACCGAGUCGUUCCAUAUCCAACCGGAAGCCUAAGACAGAUGACAGAAAAGGUGAAGAUCAUGCUGCGAAAUGCACGAAACACGCCAUUGAAUAAUCUUAUCAAGCAUUCUCAUACGUUGCUCAGAUGA